AUGUUCGUGAAACGUUAUGCCUCCGACCAGGCCCCUGCGCUGGCGAUGCCCGCGAGCUACCUUCAAAACCUGACACUGAACGGUCGAUUGCCAUCCUUGCCUCGAGCAUUGCAGCCGCCCAAGGCUGAGAAGGCUAAGGAAUACCUUCGUCUGGCCAGGCUUCUUCUCUCGAAAGGAGAUUCUGAGGCCCCGGCUGGCCAUAGGGGAGGCAGUGAAGAUGAUGCUGCAGCCCAAAGCUCAAUGUCAACCUCGAGGCAAGCUCACGGCGAGCUCAUCAGCACCGGGACGAAGAAGCAGCACGGCAUGAAGAAGUACCCGAAGACCGAUAUCCUGCCGGCGGAUUCAGAGUGCCCUGAGGGCCCAAGUUCGUUGCUGGAGGCUUUUGGGUGGGGCGACAAGUUCCUGGACAUCUUAUCGAACCACCUAGGCAAGCCUGUGGUGCAAGCCAGGCUGAGACAGUGGGAGUGGGACGUGACGACUACGUUCUCAGGACCCCCAUGUACGCCGUUCUCGGCUAUGGGAGCGAGAUCCGGAAAGGAGCAUUGGGCUUUCGGAACUCACACUGAGCACUUCAAUGUGCAGAAGAGGUUGAAAACAGACUUGCUCCUGGUGGAAAACGUCCCCGAAUACAAUGUGGAGUGUGUGAGACAAGCCCUUGGCCCAACCUACAAGGUGUUGUCCGUAAAAGUUGACCCCAGAGCAUUCGGCCAAAGGGCUGCAAGGGCACGUGUGUACAUAGUUGCGUACCGGCGCAAAGCCUUGAAAUUCAGGGACGGAACUUCCUUGCACAGCAUGCUUUCUUUGUUACGGCAGAAGCCAAUCCUCAGCAUCAGCGACUACUUUUGGAAGCAGCUUCCACCCAUCAGGCUAUCUGGGCCAAAUGCUGCCAACCUGGCAGACUAUGAGGAGCUCUAUCCGCACAAGAUGUAUCCCGACUUGCAGCAGACGGCCUCCAAGAUGCGAGGCGGCAGCGGGACCAAAGUCAAGAUUCAGGCUGGGCCAUGGUCGGGUGAAGUGCUGACAGCUCUUCAGACAUUCGAUCCAGAACGUGAUGAGCACCCUUGUGAGUACGUGGCCACCAAGCUUGCGACCCUGAACUACGAUGCCUUGCACACCUGGUUGCAGCAAAUGUCCGACGGCGCGGUCAUGCACCCAUCCAGUGUCAACAUGCCUGCGGACAAGACAUCGACGGUGUUCCAAACCCCGAUCUUGUCCUUUGGGUAUAAAAAGCCCACUGAUGGGUGGCCGAUCCUGGGGGAUUGGGUUGGCCAUGCAACAUCUAUCUACACGAAUGGGUAUGAGUCGUGGAGAGAGACGGUCGAGUUGAAGGUUGUGUCAGAUGCGAGCCUCGGCCAGCCUAUGAGCUGGGGAUGCGUUCUCCCGGCCAAGGGCUUUGGCAGGAUCAGCGUGCUGCUCUUUGGCAUCAUCUACUCCUAUUCCGAGAUGCAUGGCAAGCCCCACUGGUCGGACGAUGUAGAGAAGGAGUUCAAGCAGUGCUCCGUCUUGUGGAUCCGGACCGCCAUCGCGAUUCCGACAGUGUUCAUCAAGGCGGCCGAGCACGAGUACAACUGGCGACGCUUGCAGCUGAAUAUCCAGGCCACGGAGAAGCAAAGGCGCAACAUGCUGCAGCAAUGCUUGAUCUUCCAUGCUCGGGCUGAGGACAUUCUGGCAGAUAAUUGGCAGCAAUGUGUGGCCACGGCCGGGGCAGCGAAGAAGGACAGCAAGGAAGCAUACCACACGGCUUUCCUGGCGGCCAUCAGCGAGUACAACAACUACGGGGCUGCCAAAACAAGCUCGAAGUAUCAGAUUGACAGUGGCACAGCCAAUGCGAUGUUUGGCUUGAAAGUAGAGAUCGUGACCUUGUUGGGCACCGUGCAUGAGCACAUGGUUAAGGCUGUCGAUGCGUCCGGGAAUAGCCUUUUCUCCAAAGAGGUGCUGGAGGAUGUGAAUCGCAGAAUCUUGGAGGGGGACUAUCACGAGGAAGCCGGCACACACAUGGAAGCCAUGUGCCAGGCGUUCAAGCCGAACCACAUGGCAAUGUGGGCAGACAAUCUCCCAAGCCUACGUUCCGACUCCGCAAUGGGCGAUGCCGAGAACGCCCUCAACCAGAUGUCCGCCGAAACGCAACGAUUGACUUGGGAACAGGAUACUCUCAAGCUAGCCUCUGACGUUGCGAUGAUUGGCAAGAUGUACAGCAGUUUCCAGAAGAGUGAACGAACACGGAAUUCCUUGGGAGCUACACUUGUCGAGAACACGAUGGACAGGUGGUGCAAGCACGUCACUGGGACGGAGGACUUAAACACCAUUGCCACCCAGAUCAAGAAUAUCCUGAGCCGCAGACCCCUCGCGAGCAUGGCAGUGGUUAUGGCGCCGCGAAUCGAGGAGAAGCUGGAGGCAAAGGAUCUGACCUCGGAGAUGAUCAUCGUGAGGAUGGAGAAUCCACCCAGCUCGAAGGCGGUGCCAAUGAACCUGCCAGGAUGGCUUGUUUAUGAUGAUGCCGGAGUGGACGACAACGAGUUUGCUUCGUGCCGCUUGAGAAUGGACAGGGGGACCAGGGAGCCCAUACCCUGGGCGCCUGAACGCCUCUACGUUGUGCCGAAUGGGGCGAAGGAGGCGGCGCAACUCCUGGCAGGAGGUGAAUUCCCUGUGUCUGUGAUGAGCGCCUGCCUCACCGGCGCGAACCAGGCCCUUUUGCCAGCAGUCAAAGCCAGCCGCUUGGUCAGGGUGAUCAACAUCACCCCUUACGACGGGCAUUUCGAAAAGGCAAUGCUCCGCUAUCAUCUGGGGGAAGACGAGCGUCCUCGCAUUUCCUGCUUAUCAGUCGGGCAAGACCCUGCCAUCAUGCAGUACUCCCAAUCGGUGCUCGCCCUGUCGCUCAUGGAGGACUGGAAGAAUGAUCACAAGAUGCUCCACUCGGAGCCCGGCUACAAGAAGUACGAGAAAAACCCAGUGGAACCCACAACGGACUUCGACCUCAGAGACUUCCCCUUGAAGAUGGUGACCUGCACCCUGGACAACAGCAAGCGAAGCUUGGAGAAGCUUCGACUUGCCCUGCCUACGGAGAUUCGGACGAAAUACGCCGCAGAUCCCUUGCGAAGCCAGGAAUGGUUGGAACUCGUGGCGGCUUUCGAUUCGCAGUUUGGCACCAACACGCCUGCCGCGACCGAAGCCUCGGCUGCGCCAGCUGCUGCUGGGACCUCGAAGCCAGGAUGGUCCAGUGAGCCAACGACUCUGGAUGCCCUUUGCUCUACCUACGACAUCGAGUUCAAAAUCGCAUCAAGAACACCUGGGGCAUCCCUGUUCAUUGUCAAAGCCACUGAUCGAGGCGGGAAUCUCUCGGAGGUCGAGGAGGGCCAGGACAUGAAGAUGUUCCUUGUAGCCACAGCCGCAGCUUCACCAACGACGGCCAGACCAUCGCCGCUGCCAAUGCAAUCAGAAGAUAGGACCGACCCAAUGCAGAGGGAGAAGCGAUCUGAGCUGGCACAGAGCUUGGCUGUUGCCAUGAAGCAGACCAAAGAAAAGCUCAAGAAGGACGGUGGUGACAGUGGUGACAGCAAGGCAAAGGCCACAGGUCUGAGUGCAGCUCAGAGCUGGGCAAAGGCGAAAAACGAGGGCAAGAAUGACCCGAAGAAGAAGGGCCCGAAAAGCAAGAAGGCCAAAAAGGCCAAGGCAGAGUCAGAGGAGCACCACAUCGAGGGGGAGGGCGAGGAGGAGGAGGACCUAGACGAGGUGGACGCCCUUGGCGAGGGCUUGUUGGACAGUGACGAAGACAUCAACAAAGAUGAGAAGAAGGAGGCAAAGAAGAAGGCCAAAGCCAAGGAAACGGCCAAGGAUGAGAAGGACACAGAGGAGACAGACGACAAGAAACCCGCCCCCAAGACCAAGGCGAAGGCCAAGGCGAAGGGCCAGGCCGGCGCGAAAACCAAAGCCAAAGCCAAGGCAAAGGGCAAAGCGAAGGAGAAGUGA